AUCCGUUUCUUACAUUUAGGAAUGAUAUUCUGAGACGAAACUCUAAGACAUCGUUCAAGAAAAUAAAUGUUGUUAAUUUAUUCUGUCUAUACCUUCAAAGCAUGUUAGGAUCUUUACAGGGCAACACGGGUAGCUGGAACUUCCAUCCUUAAUAGUGGACUGAUAACGCGCUACUUUCAUUUUCUAGGUCACUUAGGUAUGAGUGUUUCCGUACCAAAGAAGUCUGAACCCUCAAAGAUAUCUGAUUUAAUUGAUUUUUGCCCGACUCUUAAUUUGUAUUUAAAGCCCAUAGCUCGAGUGUGUAUUACAGUUCAGAUCCCUCUUCUUCAUGAUACAUCUGGCCAGUUAAAGUCGUUUACUACAUGGGAGAUCAUUGAAAAAAUUCGGCAACUAUGUCCUGGAAUUCUUGCUCCAUCCACUGUUAUGAAAGUAGUCCACACUACGUUGGAAUUUGUUAGGUUUGCUGUUGACUUGGAAAACAAAACCGACGUCAGGCGCGUGGUUACAAGUUUGGAAAGUCAGGUAACCAUACUUCAUAAGAACGGUUUUGUAUACAUUAAGGUCAAUCAGGGUUUCUUCCUCUAUUUUUAAAUUUGCCGUCACUAUCGACUAUUAGAUGUGAUUACAUAAGCCUUAUGCAUUUGUGCGUAAGUAGAAAUAAAUUCAAUUCUUUAGAUAAUUUUGUUUUGUGGAAGACUGAAAUUGCUCAGCUUAUUUAGUAGCAAUCCUUAUUAUACUUAUAUAAAGCUUUUAUCGCAACGAAUCGGUCAUAGUUUCAGCUACCCUUGGUGCUAAUUGUCAGAAGUGUUAUUAUUAUUAUUAUUAUUAUUAUUAUUAUUAUUAUUAUUAGCUUUAUUCAACAUUAUAUUUUUGGUACAACAUAGAAUUCUCAGCAUAAAGUAUUUCAACAAGUUUCCUUUUCUUAUAUCUUGAUCGAUUGUGACGAUAAAUUUUGAAUGAUGACCAGUUAGAUGUUGUAUAUAAAAUAUAUUUAUGUUGUCUGUAGAAGCUAAAUUAUCAUGUAAUCCCGCUGCAACUAUAAUCAUUGCGUUUAGAAACCGAUGUGAAACUAUGAUGCUUAAUUGCUCAGUUUUGCCUUUUUGUGGAUUAAAGGAUUUAUUAAAUUUGGACUCUUUCUCAAUUCAGGUUCAAUGCAAAAAGUUAAGAACAGUUUGAACCUAGGUUUUUCCUAAACUUUCGAAUUCAGCAUUUCGAAGAUGGUAUGUGCUCUCUACCCGAGAAAUUUGACACAAGAUUGCUUAACACUGCACUUAAAUGCAUGUACUGAUGUGAAAAUUUGUUGAAACUUAUGAGGUUGAUAAAUAAAAUCUAUGUAAUAAUAUUGAAACCAGUGACUCAAAUAAGUAUGAAAUAAUUACAUCCACGCUGCGGCAAUCAAUUCUAAAUACUACCCGUGAUUCAUAACCACAAAUUACGUUUGCCAUAUGCAUCUCAGGUGUAUUUGUGUAUAUAUUUGUUUCCUGAACUUGUACAUCGAUGUGUAACAUUAAAUAAACCUAUUCUUCUAUGUAUUAAGUUCUGUUGAAUGUCAGGUGUUAGAUGUUAAUACGAUCAGUGAAUGUAGCUACAGUAGUUUGUAUAAAAGAAAUUAAAAUACUCGUUCCAGGAGUUGAUUAAUCUUACUUGCUUUUUGGGUCGAUAGUGGUUAUUAGUACUCAGAAAGUUUAUGCAAGUACUUUCCUUAACGGCAAAUGACGUUCAUGAUAACGAGUGACAGUGAGGUUAUCCAAAAUUAGUUCAAAUUCAAUUUUUUCUUAAAUCAAGAUACUUCUAUAUGACUAUGAGUACUUUGUCUGUAGUUGCAGUGUAAACAUUUUUCAUACUGCUAUCUUUUCCCACAUGACCUCCGAUCCUAAAACAAUUAGAAAAAUAGUCCUUAAUACAUUUGGUCGCUUAAUCUCUACCCAAAAACAACAUUUUACUGAACGAUAUUUGGAUAUAUGUACUUAGAGAAUCAUUUUAGUGACCACCUCGGAUCUGAUAAAUUAAUUACUGGUCUUCAGUUUCAGUUUAGAAAGGAUAAAAGGGUGGAAGGGUUGUGUUAGUCCUAGUUGUGAAGUCCACUCAGUUUACCCAACCUACUUUUUAAUAACUAAAAAAGUUGUAACUGUCCAUCGAGACAAAGAUUUCCACUUGCUGAUAAUUCAGUAGGAAAGUUGGUAGUCAGGUUAUUUGUUCAGAAUUUUAUCGCAGUAUCCUCAUUAAUGUCCUGUUCUGGGAGCCGAAUAAAAUAAAGGGAUUAUGGAGGAGUUUGCCGGAUGGACGAGUUUUAGAUUGUUAAAGUGGAUGACCAUAGAUGAUAUGCGAUUGUACCGUUGACGCUGUGAUGGCUGUUUACAAGAUCGGAUCACUGACUCCAACCCUCUAAUAAGCGGAGACCAAAGACAAAACCACUAAUCGGAAGAAUAGGUUUUUAUCUAAUGAAAUAUCAUCCUUAUGUAUUGGUUCUGAACAAAAAAAUAAAUACGAUUAAAUAUCAGAGGUUAUUGGAGGGAAUCAGUUUCGUGGGUCACUCACUAAUAAGUUUAAACCUGCCUAUUAGAAUUAAUUAUUACCAGUCACGUGACAGGGUAUGUCAUAUCAAAAGUUACCACUACGUAGUUUAGAGACUGUAAUCAGUUGACCUCUAGUACUUUUAUGUGAUAAUGGGAACAUAACAUAGUUUCUUCAUAUCAUCGGUUUACAAUUUCCAGAACCAACUUAGCUGCAGUUUUUUAAACUGGUUCCGACAGCUUACUUUUUUAGACAGAAACUGGCUGUUUAUAUCCAAUUCUCACAUUUUUCGGACAAAUACUACAUACAAUUUGCGAAUAUCUUGGCAUUCAGGUAACCGAAAGACCUGGGUAUUCCAUAAAGAAUUCUAAAACUUCUGGUAAAUACUGCAUGGGAGUGUACAUUGGUUUUUAAAUCUUGACUAAUAACUAUUUUGAUUACUAUUCGUUUAGACAAAGGGUAACUCAAUACCACUUAUCUUUUAUUUUGUUGGGAAAUAACUGCUUAAGUUCUACCGCUUCCAUUUUAACAUGGAUAAGUUGUUGACACUUUCUAGGAUUUUCCAUGAGCAUAUUUAUUUAAAAUUUAUCAUCAAUCCGUUAUAGUUUAUCAAGCUAAGUGGAUUUCCACAAAACCUUCGUGUUCGCGCAAGUGAAGCUCCAUAUGACUGUCCAAGACGUCAUGAUUGGGAAGCGUUUUUUCGUGAUGCUCAAAAUAUGGAUGAGACUAAAUCUGGUGAGAGGCCUGACACUCUUGUACUCACUGGUCUUCCUAUCAGAUGGUUUGCGAGUGGAUCACACAACAGACCACGAUUUCGCGUUAAUAGUGAUGACACUAACAGCAGCUAUUUAUCCCUUUUGGUUGACGAAGAAAAACCUGAUCCUUCGAUUGUAAAAGAAGCAUUUGAAGUAUUUGGAAAAAUUCGGGAGAUUGAUAUUCCAAUGUUAGAUCCUUCACAAAAUCCUGAUUGCUUGGAAGAUUAUAUAAAUAGCAACGAGACUUUAAAUAGUUCAUGUGAUACAUUAAAAACGGACACUUCAGUUAACAAACCCAUUGAAUAUUCUUUCCGUAACGGUUCUGGCUGUACAGAGGAAUAUAUCGGUGGGUUCGGAAAAAUUGGUCCGGAUACAAUUGGAAUUUUAAAUCCAACUAUACAACACAGUGUAAUUAAUUCAUCUUCAGCGGACUCUGACAAAUCAAAAGUAUCUCAUUUGAUGAAGUCGAGAAACUCCAAUAUAUUGACUAGUCCAACUAAUACAAGUGUUGGUAGUCCACUUACAUUCAUAGCAUAUGUACAAUAUAUGGAUUAUACUGGAUUUAGCCGUGCUAUGGACAUGCUGCGUGGUCAGAAACUUGUUUAUGCUCCAACUUAUCGAAGUCAGUCAUCAGCAUUGGCGGAUCAGAAUGAAAAGUUGUAUUAUGCAGCUGAAAUUAAGGUAAAUCAAUUCAUUACCAGUCUUACAAUUUCAACCCAUCAAAAGUAAGAUAAGAAUCGAUUGAAGUAAUUUCUCCUAAUCAUAAUAUACACAAAGAAGUUUAUAUUUCAUAUUAUUAGUUACUCUAAACAUUAGAUUGCCAUCAACAGAGUCAAUAAUAAGUAAGAACCUGAUAUAAGGUUUUUCUGUAUUUUUGAAGAAAGAUUACCGCCCAUCAAGUCGGUAUUUGAUGUAAGAUGCUACGUAAAUCUUACUGUUAACAAGCAACUUAUUGUAUAACGAACAAGAUUCUGUUCGAUGUCCAACGUAAAAGUAUAUAAACAAUAUCACAAGUGGAUCAUUUUCGUAAACAGCACCCCCGCCACGAAAAGGCACUGAGUAGGAUUUCCCUGGCAGAGGCUAUAUACGCGUGGCUAUGUGAGAGCAUUUCGAGAAGUAGAGCAGACUCUCCCCACUCUCGGCUGUACCAGGGCAUUUGGGGGCAGUGAGAAUAAAUUAACGAGAUAAACAACAAUGGUGUCGAAAUAAUCACAAGAUAAAUGAUUGUAGAAAAGUUUGGACAUAAGGAAUAUUGUAGAAUGAAGAAGUGAAAUGAGAGAAAAAGUGAUGAUCAGAAUUAACCGAAGUAAAUCCUGAGAAUUCGUUUUCAAAUUUUAGUUGAUAAUUAUCAGCAGCUUCGGGAAAAUGCUUCUUCCUUCAGAGAUAAAAACUUUAUCAUAUAAGACUUCAACUGUUCGCGUUUUGCGAAUCACAACUUUCAAUAAACGUGAAAUUUUAAGUGAUAACUUGCCUACUAAUUGUUUGACAGUAUCAAAUACGAAACAUAAUAAAGUUUAUAAAACGUAAAAUGUUGUUAUAUAGAAAUAAUGAGUAGGAAUUUCAGUAGUAAAUUGUCACCCUCAAAUAUGUAUGUAAGAUUGAAAUUUUCGGGAAGAUAUUAUGUAUUGUUUAUAACUAAUACACUCGAUUCUACUGUAACUUGGUUAAACAUCAUAAUUGACUCACAAUACAGAUUUAUACUAACUUGGUUUUGUAAGUCAAAAUUUUAUUGGUUUAAUGAACGGAUUUUCAACUGUCAAAGUAAGUGAAAAGAACUUUUACUCAGCGAUGAUCUACGAAUGAUAGCUGUUCAGAGAAAUUAUUGACAUAUGCCUUUGGAUAAUUUAAAAUAAAAAAUAAGAUUACUAGCCAAACGAAUAAUUUUUUUAUGUUAUAAAGUCACAUGCUUAUAUUUAAAAUUUUAACAUAUUGUAUUCUAUAAUGUCACGGAUGAUUGGAGGAUAUAAAUUUGUAGGUCACUCAUUCUUCAUUGCAUCACUUGAAUUAUUUGAUACUCUAUUAACCAAUGAUACGACUGAACAGACAAAAAUGAGUUUAUUUGCUGGAAAAAAUUUGUGGAUUUCUUUGGGGGAAUUCAGUGUAGUCUAAAAUAAAAUCAACUCUUAAAAGGAUGACAAUUUCAGGCGUUCAGAUUUAUUCAUUUUCGUUCUCAGAGUAACAGUUUCAAAAUAAUGUAAUAAUAUAUUUAUAAUAACUCAAUAAGUAGAAGGUGAAUCUGUGACUGACCAAGAAGUUUGACUUUCAGCCACUAAGUCACGAGUUCGAACCCUUCCCUAUCCAUAUCGGUCUACUCAACCGCAUAGUAUCACUGGUUCUUAUGAUUGGAGUCUGACUCAAAGCGAAAUACAUAAACUUGUUUCUGAUAAAUGGGUUAACAAAAGUGAGUAUAAAAGUGAGUUUCUGGUGUUUCACGGCUUAAAUUACUAAGUUGCUUCUUCUUCUUCUUCAAAAAAAAAAUAAAUAAAUAAAUAAAGUAAUCAAUUAAAAUUAACAUAAUUCUAAAUAACACUCAUUGAGAUGUUACAAAUGUCGUAUUUUUUUUAAAAUUGUUGUUAUAAACAAUCCAUCGAAUGUUCAAUUUAUUUUAAAUUAUCAAAUCAAACCUUGCCAGUAUAAUAUCUUCAAAAAAUAACAUUUGAAAAAGUUUAUUUUUUCACUGCACUUUAUUGUUGUUGAAAAUAUCAAGGUAGAUCAAACAGAUUAUAACAAUUAAUAGUCAAAUUUGUUAGAAAUCCUCAAAUAGAUAAAAAUAAUAAGUGUUUGUCUGUUCAUUUAAAACAAAACUUAAUAGACUCGCUAAGAAUUAUUAUUAUUAUUAUUA